AUGGAAACACAGUUUGAGACAAGAAAAUAUCUUUGCUUUCUUAUUUUUGCAUACAUGAUAUUAUGGAACACCGUCAUUUCCCAUGAUGAAGCAAUGUCCUCUUCGCCAAAAUUUGGGGAUCGAAUUGGUAAAUUGAAACGAAUUUAUCAGUUCAAUAAUACAGGAUCAGCUAAAACUCCCACAACUGCUACAUCUUUGAUAAAACAAAAAUUUGAUGUUCAAAAUGAAAUUCAUCGAAGUGAUAACUACUUAGAAACUGACGAAGAAGGAACUAAAAGAAUAAAAGAAAAUUCAAUUGAUACAGAAAAUUUCCCAAGUGGUAGCAAAUCAUCAAAUGUUCAAAUAAAUUCAUCAUCAUCAUCUUUAGUUCAAGCUCGACUCGAAAUGUUAACUGAUUUUUUUGACAUUCCACCAUCACCAAUGCCAUCUGUAUUUUCCACACCAUCUCGUCCAAUGAGCAUAUCAAAGACAGGCGUUGUGUUGGCUACUAAAAACUACAUAAAUCCCACCACAAAUACAACUUACAAAGGUCAACUCCUUUUAAACGAAACAGGACUCCGUCAACAAGCAUGGGUGAUUCCCAUAAUAGUAUUGGCAUGUAUGUCAAUGUUCCUGAUGGCAGCUUUUGAAGUAUUUGUCCUUGUUAAGACACGCCGAACAUCGCCAAACAGACGUCAUUUAUUCUUAGGCCAAAUGCUUUUGCUUGGCCUAUUUUCUUGCACAGGAUUAUCAGCUUUAUUGACAGCACGCCCGUCAACGUUAUCAUGUGCAACUAUUCGGUUUGGAACAGGCGUCAGCUUUGCGAUAGUAUUUUCAUCACUUUUAGUUAAGUGCAUUUUUCUCAUAAGUCUAAAUGGAGGAAUAUAUUUGCCAGCACCAUAUCAAGCAUUACUAUUGCUGUUUGCAGUACUGAUUCAAUUGACAGUUGGUAUUCAAUGGCUCAUUACAGCAUCCCCAGGAAUCACAAUUAUCAAAGAAGUAACACAACAAAAUAGAUUAAUAUUCACAUCAGAUAAUUUUAAUGCCGUGAAAGAUGGAUGGCAACUUUGCCGAACAUCAUUCACAGAUAUGAGAAUCUCAUUACUUUACAUUGAUUUUCUCAUUAUCGUUGUUGCCAUUCUCGCGAUUAAAUCGCGUGGAAUCAGAGACAAUUAUCGCGAAGCAACUUUUAUUGGAUUAGCAAUAUCGUUAGUGAUUCCAAUUUGGUUGGGAUGGACACUUGUUGGUUUCGCGGUUCAUGAACGUCAUAAAGACGCGUGUUUGGCAUUUGGUCUCCUUGCAACGCCUUCCAUAAUAUUUCUGGUAAUGUUUAUGCCUAAGGGAAGACAACUUGCAGCAAUGGGCCGAGAAGAUAUUUAUAACGAAGAUAGAGAUGAAAGAUACAGUACAUCUUCGAGAACUGGCUCAGGAUAUUCACCAUCAUUCUUUCAUUUCAAACCUAUAAAGUAUGGGAUGAUGAAUGGAAAAGGUGGAAAUAGUAUUGAAACAAAUAACAAACAUCAACAAGCCGUAAGCUCUUUAGGAGGUGAUUAUGCACUCGCUGCUCCCAUGUCCUUUUAUACACCAACACAUACCACAUCGCCUAUGUAUUAUUACACGCAACACAAGUUUCCUCCACCUCAAUAUGCAGGACUUUUCGUGGAAGAUGACACAAAUGCUUACACAACACUUGAGCAAACAAUGAGUAGCAAUCCCAACGUUUAUUUUCAAAGGCCACAUGUUCAUCCUGGAAUGAUCUAUUAAAAAGUUAACAUAGAUUUUAUUGCUUAAGAAUGGUAGGUUAUAAGAAGAAAUUGUAUAGAAAAUUGAAAUAUUUAAAUUUUGCUGUAUUUAUCAUUAAGAAAUGAAAUAAAUGAAACUAAGACUUUCGCUAUGGAAAUCUGAGG